AUGACCGGGUCCCUCGAGGAGGUCAGGACAAGCGCGGCCGGCCCAGAGCAUCUAGGAGUGGCAAGGAUGAAGAACAACUGGCAUGGGGACGAAGACAGAUACCACUUGCACCCCGUCGUGCUCGACUCUCUCUUCCAGCUCGUGGGGGCGGCGGCCCACCACGGCUUCACACACGCAUACAGCCCGGCUGUGCCUGUCAGCGUAGGCCACAUUGCCAUAUCGCGCUGCUCGGUCGAUGAUCUCACUCUCAGAGUGUCCUCGAAGCAAGUCGGCGGUAGUACCGCUGCAGACGGAGCUUGCAUUGCCGGAUCACAAGUCGUCAUGCGUGUCUCCAACGCAAGCUUUUCUCCUUUGAACACGACCGAUACGGGCGCUCACUCCGCCCUUUCCAAGACGGCACGGUCAAGUUGGAUUAGCCAUAUAGACUUCAUGGAUGCCAAUACCUUGGCCAAGCCGACAAGAGACAACUCGGCAUACUUUGAAACGUUGGAGGACAUGGCGACCACAGCCGUCUUGCUGUGCCGACGGUCUCUUUCCGGGGAUGGCGCACCUCAACCCCCAGAAACACACGUCCAAAAUUAUGUCAAGUGGAUUCUAGACUGUCCCCUUGCAGAAACCCAUGAUGGCGAUGACCUACCUGUUCGCUUUGCGCAACUCCACGACUCGCUCCGAGAUGGCCCGGCGUCUCAUGCCGCCAUGGCCGUGGCCAGGAUUUGCGACAACAUCGUACCGCUUGUCUCGGGCCACGCUCAAGUUUCGAGUAUUCUGAACGAAGACGGACUUUUGGACAAGGUGUACCAGUUCCUUGCAAGUUAUGAUGUGUCUCCGUUGCUCCAAUGUCUAUCGCGCAUGCAACCCAAUCUCCGGAUCCUCGAGCUCAGGUCCGACACGGCCCCCGCAGUCAGCAGUGUCGUCGGCGCUCUCCAGGAUCCGGAUGGACAGCCUCUCUAUUCCCGGACUGUCCCAACAAGACAGGUCAUGGUGCUAGUGAGUGAAGCUAAUCUAGAGUCCGAGAAGCUACCGCUGGAGAGAUCGUUGGAGUCUCUAGGAAUACAGACUUCCCGAUGCACCCUGAAUGACCGGCCAAUACCAGGCCAGGAUGUCAUUGCGGUUUUGGAGACAGACGAGCCAUUCUUUGCCGGAAUAGACGCCGAAACAUUUGAAAAGUUCAACAACUGGAUUGGCAACUUUGAAGGCUCAAACUCAGGUAUCCUUUGGAUCACGCGGGUUUCGCAGAUACAAUGCAAAGACCCUCGGUUCGCUCUCGUUACUGGUCUGGCCCGCACCAUCCGCUCCGAAAUGGGCAUCGACUUUGCCAUCUGCGAAGUCGACGACCUGGACUCUGCAUCCGGCGCUGAGAUGGCCGCCCGUGUUUGCCGUAGGUUCCAUGAGCGUGAUCCGGACCUGAGCCAGGACCUGGAGUUUGUCAUCUCAGGCGGUGCUGUACGUGUCGCCCGCUUCUUCCCUCAACCACCGCCAUCAAAGACGCUGGACAAUGGAGAACCCUCAGACGGGCACAUUGCGCUCAGCAUUGGUCAUCCAGGGAGAAUCGACUCGUUGGCUUGGGAGCAACGCCGGUCAAAACCACUGGGAGAUUUCGAGGUUGAAAUCGACGUCCGCGUCGUUGGAUUGAACUUUCGGGACGUUCUAGAGGCUAUGGGAAUCAUUGGGGUCGUUGAGACAGAGAGACGGUUUGGGCUCGAAGCAACUGGAGUCGUCAAACGUGUCGGCCGGCAAGUCAUAAAGGUCUCUGUAGGAGACCGAGUCUUCGCCAUGGGCACAGGUGCCUUCUCGACUGCCUUCACCACCUCGGAGAUGCUCUGUCACAAACUUCCUGACAAUCUUAGCUUCGCCGACGGAGCAACAAUGGUCAUUGUCUUCCUGACAGCGAUUUAUGCAUUGAUACAUGUUGGUCGUCUCCAUAAGGGCAUGUCUGUCCUCAUUCACAGCGGGUGCGGCGGUGUCGGCCUCGCCUCGAUCCAGAUUGCACAUAUGCUUGGCGCCCAAGUCUAUACAACCGUCGGAAGCGAAGAGAAGGUAAACUAUCUCAUGAGAGCCUUUGGCCUGCCCCGAAAUCGUAUAUUUUCCUCGCGUGAUGAGAGCUUUGCACAUGAUAUCCUCCGGGAAACUCAAGGAAAGGGAGUAGACGUGGCUUUAAACUCCCUCUCCGGAGAGCUCUUGCAUGCGACCUGGCGUUGUGUCGCAAAAUGGGGCACAAUGGUGGAAAUUGGGAAAGUCGAUCUGCUCGGUGCAGGCAAGCUGGACAUGGACAUGUUCCUUGGUAGCCGCUCUUACUCUUGUUUCGAUCUUCGCCAGAUGGCAGAAGAGCGGCCACAGAUAAUCAGCCUGCUGUUGAGCGAGAUGACUACCUACUAUGAGCAACGCAAGAUUCAGCCGAUUCCUCAAUCAGCGAAGUUUCCUGCAGACAAAGUCGAAUCUGCCUUUAGAGAAAUGCAAAAGGGGCAACAUAUCGGCAAGAUCCUUGUUUCUCUCUCUGAAGAUACCGCAAAUGGGGAAAACGACAGUAGUAUCAACCAUGCCGUGGCCAACAAGGCUGACCAUCAUCUACAUCUUGAUCCAGAAGCCACUUACCUCCUCAUUGGAGGCCUCGGAGGACUAGGCCGCUCUAUUUCCGUUUGGAUGGUACAACACGGAGCACGGCAUCUGACCUAUCUGUCCCGCAGCGCUGGUAGCGACCCUCAACAUGACAAGUUUGCGCUCGUGCUAGCAAGCAUGGGCUGUUCGGUGCAAUUUGUCCAAGGCAGUGUUGCCGAGAGGGAGGACGUGGCUCGUGCGAUUCGCGGCGCGUCGAAGCCAGUAAAAGGUAUCAUGCAUUUAGGCAUGGUUCUCCGAGACCAAUCGUUCCAGCGCAUGACCAUCAACGACUGGAAUGAUGCCACCAAACCCAAAAUUGAUGGAGUGCGGCACCUUCACCAAGUCUCGCUUGACGAAGGGCUGGAGCUGGGUUUUAUGAUACUAUUCAGUUCACUCUCAGGGAUCCUAGGGCAGCCGGGCCAAGCCAACUACGCUGCUGCAAAUACCUUCCUUGAUGCAUUUGCCAAGUACCGGAAGAGUAUGGGCCUGCCGGUAACAACCCUGGACAUUGGAGCUAUGGAAGGCGUUGGAUAUCUGGCUCACAACGAAGAGCUUCUGAAGAAAAUGAAGGGCACUGGUUGGAAUCCAGUGCAGGAAGAAGAGUUACUUCGGGUCCUUGGGUCGGCCAUGUUGCCAUCUGCCAAUGUCAAGUCCGAAGAAGCCUCAUCGGACCCAUGGGCACCAAUAUUGGACAGGGACACCAUCCUCAUUGGGCUUUCGCCUAGCAGCACCAGCAGCGCCUCGCGCUUCAGCAAGGAUGCGAGAAUGGUUGCUCUCCUGAAUAGGGGACAGGCAAGCCAUGGUGCAGGAUCGGAUAGCACCGACCACCUACAAGCGUUCAUGGCCCAAGCGAAGAGUGACCCUUCCCUAUUCACCAAGCCCGGAUCCGCAGAGAUGCUAGCACGCGAAAUUGGCAAGAAGUUGUUUGCGUUGCUCUUGAAGCCGGAUGACGAGCCCUCCUUAACAGCGGGUCUGGCUGAGCUUGGUCUAGACUCUCUGAUUGCGGUAGAGAUGCGAGCGUGGUUCAGGCAGGUCUUUGGGCUGGACAUUAGCGUGCUUGAGAUGCUGGCCAUGGGCUCACUAGGUGCAAUGGGUAGAAAGCUGGCGGAGAAGUUGGCUAAUGACCAAUGA